UGUUUCUAAAGGCAUAUAGCAUAGUGUUAUGACGAAUACAGUGACUCACGAAAGUAUGCGAAUACGUCUAGAAAUUUUCUAUGUAUGUAUAUAUUAUACAAAAGAUUGUCAAAUUUCAUUAGAACUGUAACAAUCUAACAUAUCGAUAACGAUAAGCGUGCAAAUUGAUUUAUGGCCUUUUUUCCUAGAUUUGUUGUUUAUUUAGAAAAAAACCGCUUUUUGUAAAAGGUGGCGGUUUCGACAGAGUAAAGUUAGCAAUGUCAUUAUUCAUCUCUUGAAAUAUAUUAAAUCCCGCAUCUGCCAGUUGAUAUCGUAGUAAACAGAUUAUAAUCUGACAAAUAAGCAGCGUUAUGGAGAAUUUUCAUAGAUAUUCUUAGUUGCUUGCUUUAGUCGGCCGUUGUGACUCGCGUUAUCGUGCAGCACUAUCACUAGUCGAGUUCAAUUGUUGAUAUCGUCACUCGAAUGCAUCAGUUGUUAUUGAUAAUGCUCGAAAUUAAUUAGUCAUUUCGUCGAGUUGGAGUAACUUAUAAAGCGGGACAAAUAUUUGAAUUUAAGAUGAAGUAACAGGUGAAUUUCGUUGCUAGGACACAUAUUUUCGAAGAUAUCUAGAGUUCUGUUUGUUGCAUAGUUCUUCCUAAAUAAAAUGUUUUUUCCAAUAGAUGAUCCAAAAACUUUUAAUUGAAUGAAAAUAAACGUAUGUCGUGGUAGAAGACUGCUUUGAUAGGAUAACACGAAAUAGUUCUUGCGUAUUUUUUAACAAGUCGCGCGAUAAAACGAAGGGCAGCGUUUUUAUACGUACUUGUGAAAAAUUUUUAUUGAUUUCGUUUGAAAUAUGUUUGAUAAUGUCAAUAUCAAAUUGCUUAUGUAAUUACAGAUUAUGUAUUAACAAAGAAAGGCCGAAAGUUUUCGAUGUCACAAUUUGAUACUGACGUAUUAUAUGAUUUCAAAAAUACAUACACGCAUAUAGAUAGGCAUAUUUCGUAUACUGUAUCACUUGUUAUUACUUAUAUUCUUUUAACUUUUUAGAUUUUAAAAGCUUCUGCAUCAUAUGUAUCGGUAUUGUAUGCGAUGUACUGAUUACAUAGGAGUUCAUCAUAAGGAAUAAAAUGAGUAUAUAGUAUAUGUACCUACAUAUAUGUUAUAUAUUCAUAUAUAAUGGUAUAUAUAAUUAAAUAUAUAAAUGAAUUGGAAUAUGAUUGCAAAUUUAUACAUAACAGUGUAUUAUUUAAAUAAAUACUAUAUCAUGUAAGGCAACAAAAUUUAGGUAUUGUUUAACUAAACCUUAUAAAAUCAAUAUUCAUUAAUUGUACAAUUGUCACGAUUAUUAUGAUAGGAUUCUACAAGUUUAAUAUUGAUAUAAAUUGGUUAAAUCGCAUUAUUGAAACAUUAGCUACAUUAUAAGUUAUCACAAUAAUUAGAUGACAUGUUUGUGAUUUUUUGGUUUUCAAUAUCUUCAUUGGUGCAUUGUGCUUUAUUCUGAAGUUUCGUGAAUAUUGCAGUUCACUUUAUCAAGGAAUUAUUGUUACCUUCGUCCACCUUUUUCGCUACCUAUGCACGUUUAUCGAACUUUAUCUGUCAGAUCUCCCUCUUGAAGAUCAGUUUUUCAGUCGUCCUUUGUAACAUAGGGUAUGAUAUUAUACUUUCCAGUAUUAGUUUUCUAUACCAAACUUCUGCAUUUUCUUCAUGUUAUAGGAAAUCUAAUUUAAUAUGCAGUUGCAUGUCGCGCAUUUGCUUCUGCACUUUUCCGUGGAAACCAGUAAUUGUAACAAAGUUGGAAUUAUGUUUUGAGCAACAUUCUCUCCUUCUAUCCCCUAGUUCUUUUUCCAGCAAACCUGCAAUCGUUGUGAUAUUAUUUGCAAUAUUUAUGCGGACCCUGGGAAUCCGAUACAAAGGUUGUCACUCGUGGAUAAUUUGCGUAUGUUUCUGUAUGAUUUUCACGGAACGUUCAGUUUAUCGCGAGACUGCAUGUAAGUAAGACUCUUGGAAUCUCUCCCCCGCUGUAAAUUUAUUAACGGUGAUAGUGAUGCAUGCGUGUGGAAAUUACGUGUACAGUCUUCGUAUAUAAGAAGAUAGCUCUAAAAUAGUUUAAGCAAGAGGAUAUAAUUAAUUUUAUGUGAAAUGAUAUUAAACACGAUUAGCCCGUCUGUUAAAUUUGGCCUUCAUUUUUGUGGUGUCUGGCCUGGAACACCAUUUCACUUCCUACAUAAGUUAUGUUGGGUGAUAGCGAUAAUUACGCUUCAGACUUAUCAAUACAAAUAUAUCGUUAUACAUUAUAACACCGAUACUCUUAUAAACAUAGCGGAAAAUUUGAGCAUCGCCGUGCCUUUCAGUUUAAUGUUUAUCAAAUUAUUUGUUACUUGGACGAAUUAUGGCUUGUUUUGCGACAUUUUAUCAACCAUGGAAGAGGAUUGUCAGAAAUAUGCUAAUAUGGAUAUAAAUAAUCUGAUAACAAAAACCGGGUUGUUCUCCUUUUAUAUGACUAGCAUGAUCAUGUCCUCGUACCUGGUGGCUGCGGUUUGUUAUCUUGCCGGCGCUAUUGCAUUUCAAGGAACAAACGAUUCAAUGUCUCGAGAGCUUCUUUUGAAAAUGGAUUUACCAUUCGAGACGAGUAAAUCCCCGAAUUACGAACUUGUAGUUACUACACAAUUUAUUAUUCAUUUCUCAGCGGCCCUUGCGUUCGGGACGUUCACUGCCCUGCUUUUCAUGAUGAUACUGCAUUUAGGGUGUCAAAUCGACAUAAUGUGCCAGAAUCUAACAGAUGUUUUUCCUAAAAAUGAAAACAAGUUAAAAUUUUUUAUUAUUAGAUAUCAAGAAAUCAUUACUUUUGCAGAGAAAAUUGAGAAACUUUUUACGUAUAUAGCUCUUAGCCAACUUAUAUCAAAUACAGUUAAUACUUGCUGCGAAGGAUUCCUCAUUGUAGUUGCUGUAAACAAUGAGAGUGGACUUGCUAUUGAUAUACUCAUCAAAUCUAUUUUAUUUUACAUAGUUAUUUGCUUAGAAGUUUUCAUAUAUUGUUUCGCUGGGGAAUAUCUUCGCACUAAGAGCCAAUUAAUCGGCGACACUGCGUACAAUAUGCUCUGGUACGAUUUACGUCCAAACAAGAGCCGACUUCUGAUACCUGUUAUAUUAAGGUCUCAAAAAGGUUUCACAUUGACUUUCGGAAAAUUUUCAAACCUUUCCCUGGAAAGCUUCACAGGCAUUAUGAAGGUUUCAGCAUCAUAUAUGUCGGUACUUCUGGCAUUAGACUGAAAGAUAUAAAUGGUAACUUCGAUGUGGAAUUAUCGUAUCAAGUGUGCAAUCGAUUUAAAUCUAGUUAUUGUUAUCUGGAUUAUUAUAAAAAAAAUUACAAAAGGAAAAAGAAUAUCAUUGUUGUAUUAAUAAUGAAAAAUAAAUAGUAUAUAUAGUGUUAA